AACAUUUGCACCAAUCUGUGGUUGUUUCCAAACUCGAGACAGUAUAUAAACAAGAUCAAAGAAAUUUGACUUUAGAUGUAUUAGCUCUCUCUCUAAUGCUAGAGGUUUUCUUCAAAGUAAUAUUCAUGCAAGUGUGCUAUGGAAUCAUCAAGUAGAUUUGGUUACAUGGUGUAGGCAAUAUUCAAAUUCUGUUUUUAAUGAUGGUAAUUCGAUUUUGGUAAUAUUAGGCCAUGCCAAAAAGACUUAGAAGUAGAAAAAGUAUAACUUUAAUAAUUUUUUAUAAUAUUAAUCUCAAUAGCAUUUGUAAUCCUAUUAAUGUAAAUAGACCCUAAAUGAUUGUUACACGUUUUUUUCCAUAAGGAGCAUGUAUCUGUAAGAAGUUUAAGGCUCGGAUUAUAAAUGGUAGUAGCUGCUAGCUCGUGAUAUACUAAAAAAUUCGAUUUUUUUUGUGUAGGCCUUAUCGAUUUUUGUAUAAUAUUUUAAAAUUGAAAAAUAAACUUGGUUUUUUAUAAUGAAAACUUUUUGUCGUGCGUUAGUCGAAAUGAAAUCUUUAACUACAGUCCAACGAUGACAAACAAUUUUUGUGUCACAUUUUUUUCUGUCGCGCGACAAUGUCGUGGACAUAAAAAAACUCUAUUUCGACAAUCAGUUUGUAUUUUCUUGUUCUGCUUUUUACACAUGCUUGAUUUCGAAUUGCAAUUUUCUAUUUUUCCGUCAAAUAUUUGUAAACCAAUCUCACAACACUCUUUAAAUUCUUUAUUGGAAACCAAGAUUUACUCAGGAAAAUGUGUAGCGAAAGUUGCAAGAGUCUUUUUCUGAAAAAAAGGUUGUUUGUAAAUAUGUCCUAAUUAGUUUAUUUUUAUUUGAAGGCUUAAAACUUAAACUUUUAUUUUGUAAGAACUUAAUUUUCGUAUGUGUAACGACAAUUAAAAAUGUUCUCGAUAAAAUACACGUCCUUUUUUUUUCAGCAACUGAUAAAAGUGUUCUGUAAUCCUAAUGUUUAAGAUAUAUAAAUGAACUAAAUCAAACAUGGCGGACGAAGAUGCGGAUUCCAAAGAGAUUGAGAGGUUAGCAAUGGAAGAACUCAUUAGAGCGGCCACUAGAGGUAAACAACUAUCAAAAACGAUUGGAAUCGAUGCUUGGCAAGGUGUUCGAAGGCCUCGGACGAAUCGAACAUAUCUCCAUAACACACUACUUGGUGCCAUGCAGAAUAAUAAAAGAAUUGGCGAUAAAACUAACGAUCAAAAUCCGACAUCAAACACGAGUAAAAUCGACACGAAACGUUCUCAUCGAAAUAAAUCAGGGGCAAGCACCAGCGGGCAAAAACGUGAUGAAAAAACGUCCAACGAUAGUAGAAAACGCUCGAGUGGUGCUUCGAAACUGUUUUCGUCCGCCAUGGCGGAGAUAAAGAAAAAAAAGCAAGAGGACGAAAAAUGAAACAUGAGAAUAAUCAAAGGGAAAAAUGAAUCACGUGACAUCCUUAUAAUAUAAACUCUUAUGUCGGUUGGAUAGUAGAUGUCACGUGUUUUAUCGCUCUUGCUUGUACGCGCUUUGAAACGCAAAAGAACGCGUUCUUUUAGAAAAAUCACAGCAAUUUUGGCUGUUUUGACUUUUUGUUUGAUAAUUUUUAAAUUGUUUAUAGUUUUUAUUCAACUUUUAUCUAUUUCAUUUUGUAUCAAAAUAACUCUGUAACUGUAACUUUAUUGUCUUAAAUAAUUACCACAUGUGGAGGAGUGUUUUCACGUAUAAAAAGAAUCAACAAAUGACAAUUUUUAUGUCAAAAACAACAACAACAAAACUUGACUCAUUUCAGUUACACUAUCCAGAAUAUUUUUUGUUGAGAAAUAAAAAGAUGCUUUUUGUGGUGUUACUUUUUCUUUACCAUAUCAAAUGUUACAUCGCGCAUCCACAGUGUUUAGAUUUUCGUCCACCGCACUCAUCAAUCACAGAGUUAAAGUUCUGUACGCCUUACUCGUCGUACAGAUGCUGUUCGCUAAGUAAAGACAAAGAGUUAGAGAAAGAUUUUGAGUUUGCAGUUCAACACUCGAGCAGCGAUAUCGACAAACAAUGUGAAGAUGUAUUGAAACAAAUUCUCUGUCUUGAAUGUCACCCAUACGCGGCACAUGUCUUUGAUGCUGAGAGGCCUGGAAACGACAACAAAACGUUCGAUAAAAGAUAUGUGAACUUCCCUGGCUUGUGUAAACCAUUUUGUUUGAACUAUUUCGAGAAAUGCCGUGCUUUGUUUUUGCACGUGGCUAGAAGUAAUGUAUUUUACACAUACAUAAAAAAUGCAAGCAAAGAGGAUUUUUGUACGUGGGCGGAAAUUCAAGAUUUGAACUAUUGUUACCCAGAUGUUGAACAAAUUGAUAAGAAGAAAGCAGUUGUCAGUGAAGAAGGCGAUGUUGUUUUAUGCGUCGAGCCUGUCGCUGCUUCCUUCUCCAACGCUUUAUUCGCCGUCCAUGCAAAUGACGGCACUCAUCGGAUGUUUGUCGGAGAGCAAGGUGGUCUUGUGUAUAUCGUCGACAAAAAUGAAGAGAAACUUUCUCGGCCGUUUUUGAAUAUUACAGACCGUAUCGUCAACUCUGGGGUAGCUUGGGAUGAACGAGGGUUACUUGGUCUUGUUUUUCAUCCCAAUUAUAGUGAAAAUGGCCAUUUCUUUGUGUACUAUUCGGCGCCUGAUACAAAAUAUAAUCGAUCAGAAUACAGCACCUAUGAUUGGUACUGGAAACUAAACCACAAGACACGCUUGAGUGAGUUUACUGUUGAUGAAAAUAAUCCUAAUGUUGCUAAUCACGAAUCUGAACUGAUUAUUAUGGAGAUCGAUCAACCGGAAGCCAAUCAUAAUGGAGGAAUGCUGUUGUUUGGAAGUGAUAGUUACUUGUAUGUGUUUCCUGGUGACGGCGGUGGUGCUGGAGAUGAGCACUGGAGAAUAGGUAACGCAUUAAAUAUGUCGAAUUUGCUUGGAAAAGUUCUGCGUAUUGAUGUGAAUACGGACACAAAAUUAUAUGAUAUACCUUCAGACAACCCCUUCGUAAAUACUGAAGGUGUACGCGCUGAAAUAUAUGCUUUUGGUUUGCGAAAUCCUUGGCGGUGUUCAAUAGAUUCUUUUGGAGAGGUGGGGACCGAGCGUAUGUUUUGUGGCGAUGUAGGUCAAAGUGGACAUGAAGAAAUUGAUGUAAUUGAGAAAGGUGGAAAUUAUGGUUGGCGAGCAUACGAGGGCAACGAAUGUUUUGACGAGGAUCUGUGCAGCCAGUACACCGACCUGAAAUUUCCUAUUCUUGUAUACAACCACAGCAUUGGUCAAUCUAUAGUAGGAGGUUAUGUAUACAGGGGCUGCGACAACCCCAAUAUAUUUGGGAACUACUUUUAUGCUGACACGAUGCAAGGAAAACUGUUUUUCGCUAAAGAGCGCAACGGUUCCUGGGUAGCAGCAAACGUAAUUAUGGGUAACGAUAGUGUUUGCAAUAAUGGAUUGUCUGGGUAUUAUCAUCAAAAUAUUUUAUCGUUUGGUGAAAGUGAAAGCAGUGAACUAUAUAUACUCAGUUCGAAUUUUCCCAACCCAAACUAUCAAAACAGCGUAAUGUAUCGUUUAGUUGAUCCGAAGUUACGUGGAGAUCCAGAACAAUGUAAUUUUCAUGUGGGAGCACCAAACAUUUUGCGUCAUAUUAAAAGAAGAAGUAUAUUCUAUAAAAUAAAAAAGAAGGAAGAGAAGGAAAAGUGGCCAAUAAAAGAAGAUUGCGUGGAUUUGAAGAAAUACGUUUGUUCGCGUUACUUUUCAACUUUUAAAGGUAAAAAAGCUGCGUACGAAUGUGCAUCGGCUUUGAAUUACGUUAAAAAGAAUUGUCGAAAAACGUGUAGAUAUUGCUAGCGUGCCUCGUUGAUUUUUUUAUACAAGGGACUAAUAAUCGUAGUGAAAAACUAUCCAGGCUAAAUACCUUCGUCCUUUUUUGCUCAACAUUCAAUUUACUGAAAUAAAUUUUCCGCUAGUUCCUAGACCAAUUUAAGGGGUUACAAAAUGAGGGGUUACAAAAUGAUUCAAUAAGCUAAAUCCCCACACAUUCUGAAGAAUAAUAAACGGACUACUCAAAAGGUUACUGUGCAAGAAAUAAUACACAUUAGAACCGCAUAGACGUCUAGAUAACCUGUUAUGAAUAAUUAAUUUUUUAUUAUGAAAUUGCAAUAUUUCAUUUCUAUUUUCUAAAAAUAUGUGCAAUAUUCUUAUACAUUUCUAUGCUUUCAUGGCUAGCUAGUUGAGUUGUAAGCAAGGUAAGUGCUAUAUCGAAUAAAUCAUAGACAUCCAAUAUAUGUAGAGAACUUUUCUGCUA